AUUGAACCUCCCCUGAUUUUUGAGUGUAACCAGGCAUGCUCCUGCUGGAGGAACUGCAAGAACCGGGUGGUGCAGAGCGGCAUCAAGGUACGACUGCAGCUCUACAGGACAGCCAAGAUGGGCUGGGGGGUCCGCGCCCUGCAGACCAUUCCUCAGGGGACCUUCAUCUGCGAGUAUGUGGGGGAGCUGAUCUCUGAUGCUGAGGCCGAUGUGAGAGAGGAUGAUUCUUACCUCUUCGAUUUGGACAACAAGGAUGGAGAGGUGUACUGCAUCGAUGCCCGUUACUACGGGAACAUCAGCCGCUUCAUCAACCACCUUUGCGACCCCAACAUCAUCCCUGUCCGGGUUUUCAUGCUGCACCAAGAUCUGCGGUUU